UUUUCUUAAACCAGAUGACACUUUGGUGGAAGACGCAGAGAGGACGGGACCUCACCACCAAAGGGCAAGCAUGUUUCUGCAAAAGCUGGGGGUCUAUUUAUCGUCCGUAUAUUUGUUUUGUUUUAUGUUAGCGCUCAAUGCCAUUCUCAACAUCAUGCAUUUUAUCUCACCAAGCCUAACUAAGAAGAUCAUCCUGAAAUGUGGCGAACGGACCACCAUGACCCAGAACCCAAAGUUCACAUAUGAAGACUGGGGUUUGACAUUCAAAUCUACGGCGUUUAUCUCGACGGCAGUGUACCAUAUGUGGCUGUCCCUGGGCCAAGAGGCGUUUGCAGGAGGUCGAGCCCCGGACUCACCUGUGGUCACCAUGGACGGAGUGAAGUCCACUAUCUACAAAUACAUGAAAGAUGGCAGACCGCUGGUGUUGAGCUUUGGCAGCUGCACCUGACCCCCGUUUAUGUACAAACUUGAGGAGUUUAAGCAACUCGUCAAGGACUUCAGUGAUGUGGCUGACUUCCUGGUGGUCUACAUCGCAGAAGCUCAUUCAUCAGAUGGUUGGGCCUUCACCAACAACUAUGACAUAAACCAGCACCAGAGCCUGGAGGACAGGCUCUCUGCAGCCCAGAUCCUGGUUCAGGAGGAUCCCCUCUGCCCAGUGGUUGUGGAUGAAAUGUCAAAUAUCACUUCCAUCAAGUAUGGCGCGUUGCCCGAGAGGCUUUAUGUGCUGCAGGCUGGGAAAGUUGUGUACAAGGGGCGGAUGGGGCCCUGGGGCUACGAUCCACUGGAGGUACGUUCGUUCCUGGAGAAGAUGAAAUAAGAUUGUUUGCAUCAAGCCAUGUAAUAGCCAUCCAACGUGUCUUAUAUGUAAGGAUCUUGAUGGUCAGCGGGGAAACAGGGUCGUCUAUAAUGUAACCAACAUAAAUUACUGCUAUAAUACAAUACUAGAGUCUUUCACCAACAGUCACACAACAGCCACUAGACUAAACAUGUUACUGUUACAGCUGAUGUAAUACUUACAUGAGUAGAAAUGUUAUAAAUAAUUGCACUCCACUACAAUUUCCAAAAAAUGCAAAAUCAGGCUCAGAUUCACCUCUGUGUGUUUCUUAGUGACGGCUACAGAUUAAACCUCUGGCUUUUGUAGUCUGAUGAAUGAAAACAUAGCGUGAGUGAGUCUGCCCAGAAUUUGUGUUUUUAGAUCUCCAAGAUUGUACAGGAUGUGUGGCGUGCACCGGUGUGUUUGUGUUUUUACACCAAGUUGUCUUAAUUUAAAGUUUAGAUAAUGUGUUUCAUCCAAAAUUCUUAGUAAAGGAACAUAUUAAUCUCUACAGAUGUGUUUUGUAAAUGGAUGCUCUAAUGUAGUUAGAUAGGAGACUACUUUUUACAUGAUGAUUACAAUGCAAACCUCUGGUAACUGUAAUUUGACGGACAAUCUAAAAGUAUUCUCUUCUCAGCAUUAUGUUAGAGCAUUCAAGCCUUGACACUUUUGUAUAAUAACCACUUUGCAAAACUUUAAACAUUCCCUUUGAAUACAUUUGUAUUAGAAUAAAUGCACUUUUAUGAUGAGU